UCGGUGAAGCUUCUGCGCUUGACUUUUACAUGCGACUUUUUUUGAUGAAUGUUUUCAGAGCCAGGGCGCUGUCCCGCCGCUGUCUGUCGAACGGCCAGUGACAGUGAGGAUACCCGGAAUGAAAAGUCACUAGCGGAGAGCAGAAAAAAAAUACCAACUCCUUUGAAGGCAGUGACUCAACGUUACUGAGCAAGAGGCAUUACAACACUGUUUUAUCGGGCUCCGAUUCACUGGAAUAUUUAGACAUAUAUACUUCUCAGCAAGUUCGUUCUGGAUGACUUAGGACUGCAGUGGCUGGGUGUGUUUGCAGUACUGUGACUGAUGGGUCUGCAUGGGAGAGCGUUCCACGUGGGCCCAGGGAUUGCCUCGACGUUCCCAAUGGAGACGGCGCACUGAGGGCUGAGUGCUUCUCUGUUCUUCCCGCCCUUGACUUUCCAUUCAGGGGACUGGCGAGCCUGAGGAGGGGGGGUGUGGGUGAUGGAGCGAAGAUUUUUUCCUGCAGCUCAGAGUGUGUGACAUGCGAGGCCAGCAUGUCCAUCGGACGCCCAUGGACUUCAGCGUCGGUGUGGUCACUCCUCCACACGUUCCCAUGUGCUGAGAGCACAGUUUCUGGAUGUUUCCGCGAGACGGUCGGCUCGAUUCGGCCCCGCUAGGAGCUUGGACCCGAUCCAGUGCCCACACACACGCCCGUCCCCUGCGCGCCCUUCGGAGCCCUCCGCCGUGCCUUGUUUGCGCCCGCUCCCCUUGCCAUGCGAGUGCGGGCCGGGACUGGGCCGCUGCUCGUCCUCCUGCUGCACGUGCUCAGUGGCGCCCGGGGCCAGUACGACCUGUGCAAGUCGCUGGUGAACACGGACGAGGGCGCGCUAUGGGAGGAGUACGCGUGCCAGCCCAAGAGCAGCUCCGUCAAGGACUUCAUGCGCAUCCGCGUCGAGCCCAUCGGCAUGACGUGCGGGAACCCGCCCGAGCGCUUCUGCACUCUGGAGAACCCGUACCUGUGCAGUGAUGAGUGUGACGCCUCCAACCCGGACCUGGCCCACCCGCCCCAGCUGAUGGCGGACCGCGAGCGCGGCGGUCUGAUCACCUACUGGCAGUCCGUCACCUGGAGCCGCUUCCCCGAGCCGCUGCUGGCCAACAUCACCCUGACCUGGAACAAGACCCUGGAGCUGACCAACGACAUCCAGGUGACCUUCGAGUACGGCCGGCCCACCGUCAUGGUGCUGGAGAAGUCGCUGAACCACGGGCGCACCUGGCAGCCGUACCAGUACUACGCCGACGACUGCAUGGAGGCGUUCAACAUGCCCGCCAAGCGCGUGCAGGACCUGGGGGCGGCCAACGCCACGCGGGUCAUCUGCACCGAGCGCUACUCGCGCUGGGUGGGCUCCAAGAACGAGAAGGCGGUGCGCUUCGAGGUGCGCCCGCGGCUGGAGAUCUUCACGGGCCCGCGGCAGGCCAACAUGGAGGCGCUGUACACGCGCAUGGAGAGCGUCAAGGGCCUGCGCGACUUCUUCACCUUCACCAACCUGCGGCUGCGCCUGCUCCGGCCCGCGCUCGGCGGCACCUACGUGCAGCGCGAGAACCUGCUCAAGUACUUCUACGCCAUCUCCAACAUAGAGGUGCCCGCCAGGUGCAAGUGUAACCUGCACGCGUCGCAGUGUGUGUUUACGGACGGGAACCUGCAGUGUGUGUGUGAGCACAACACCGCGGGGCAGGACUGCUCACGCUGCAAGCGGGGAUACAAAGCCAAGAGCUGGAAGCCGGGCUCCUACCUCCCCACUCCCAAUGGCACGCCAAACACAUGUGCUCAGGCUGGCAUGUCGGCUGGUUCCACAGACUGUGAAUGCUAUGGCCACUCUAACCGCUGUAGCUACAUAGACUUCUUGAACAUUGUGACCUGUGUAAGCUGUAAGCACAACACCCGUGGCCAAAACUGUCAACACUGUCGGCUCGGAUACUUCCGGAAUGCCUCUGCGGAGUUGGAUGAUGAGAACGUCUGCAUUGAGUGCAACUGCAACCAGCUGGGCUCAGUGCAUGACCGCUGCAAUGGCACGGGCUUCUGCCAGUGCAAGGACGGAGCAGGCGGAGCCAAGUGUGACGAGUGUGUCCCAGGAUUCUACUGGAGACAGGGCUGCGUCCCGAAUGUGUGUGACGACACUGGCGUGCUGGCGUGUCAGAACGGCGGCACCUGCCUGCAGAACCAGCGGUGCUUGUGCCCGUCGGAGUUUAAGGGUGCGCUGUGUCAGCAGUCUGUCUGCGAGGGGGACAAGAAGUGCAGCGGCGCCGCCACCCUGACCCUGAGCCUGGCAGCCCUGCUGUGCCCGCUGCUCUACCCGCUGCUGGACGCCGCCCGCACGGUGCCCUGAGCAACUCUCUCAGAGAGAGAGAGAGGGAGAGAGAGA